AUGCAUAUUCAAAAUGUAGAUGAUGUAACUAAUGUUAAUGACAUAAUAAAAAAACUUAUAGAUAAUACUAGAAAUAAAGCUUGUAAUACAUUAGUAGAUUUUACCAGAAAUAAAGCUCAUGCUACAUUAGUAUCAUCCAAAAAACCAACUCCUGUUAAACCUUGGCAACAUAAUGCUUCUGUCAAAACCUGUAUACACAAUGCUUAUAGUUCAGUUUCUAGUGUAUCAGUUUUGUCUUCGAAAAACACACAAAGUAUUCAAAAAUUGAUGAAUGACCAAGAUCAAUCAAUUGGUGAAAUUGAAGUCAAUGAACAUUUAUUUGAUGAAGAAAAUGAACACUAUUCAUGA